AUGAAGUACUCCAUUCUCGGCGCCAUUGUGCUUGUCGCCGGCAUUUCCGCUGCUCCUACUGCUACUACUACUGGCAGUGCCACUAAUACCAAAUCGUACAUUGCUCAGCACUCUCCCUCCUUCCCUAGCAUGCCUGCUGCUACCGGUGUUGUGUCUAAAUAUAAUUACGGUCCUUAUAACUUGAGUGCCAGUCUUCCUACCUAUACACUGAAAGGAUACCCCGAUGCCUGGACCAUUCCACCCACUGACAGUGAUGAGGUAAAGGCUGCUAUCAAUGCAAUUGACUGGUCAUUAGUUCCCAAUGCUAGAGUCAGACAUCAAGACAAGAAUGGCGACUUUCAGCCUGAUACUGAUGGUGACAAAGAUCCCUACUGCUGGUGGUCUGAUACAAAUUGUGUUGAACCCAAAAUUGCGAUCCCUCCUGAUUUCCACUCAUGUGCUAGAAACGGUGAUUGGGGCCUGAGUUAUGAUGAUGGACCAUUCAACUUGUACACGGGUAAAGAUGCAAAGACUGAAAAUGCUUAUGCGGAACCUGCAUUGUACAAUUUUUUGGCUGAGCACAAUAAUCAGAAGGCCAAUCUCUUUUAUAUCGGUUCCAAUGUCAUGACUUAUCCUGAAGCCGCAAAGCGUGCCUUAAAUGAUGGUCAUUACAUUUGUGUACACACUUGGUCUCACCCAGCCAUGACAACUGUAACCAACGAGCAAGCCGUUGCCGAGUUUUAUUGGACCCUCAAGGCCAUCAAAGAGGCAACAGGUGUUACUCCUAAAUGUUGGAGACCACCUCAAGGUGAUGUUGAUGACCGUAUUCGUUCAAUCGCUUGGCAGAUGGGCAUGAGAACAGUGCUUUGGGACUGGGACACGAACGAUUGGGACAUGCCGGCUCCGGGCGGUGGAAAGCUCCCUCCUUCGACGGUGGACGGAUAUUUUAAAAAAUGGAUAGACUCAGAGAAAGCGGGUAAAGAGAAGACUGGCCACAUCGUCCUUGAACAUGAAUUGAAUCAUGCUACUGUCAACAUGACCGAGAAAUGGUUGCCUACAAUCCAAAAGGUGUUCAAUGUUAUUCCUGCUUUGGCUUGUAAUGAUGUUUCUCAGCCCUAUUGGGAAGAAAACUGGGUCUAUCCCAUCAACAACAUCCCAGCCAAUACAUCAUCCACCUCAGAUGUUGCUCAUAUAAAUUCUUCGUCUACCACUGCUAAUAUUGUUCUUUAA